UUUUGACAUCCAAGCAGUACUGUCACAAAAAGUUUUAAGUUUUGUUUACUUUCGAUUCCCAUGGCAACAAAAACGUAAAUAGAAAGUAAAAUAGUUUCAUAAAAUUAAAUAUUAAAAUUUAAAUGUGAAUUAUGGGAAGCAUGACUCGUUGGUUAGACGUGGAAGUGGGAAAUGAUGAUAUAGAUCUAAAUACUCUACCACAAAACUUAGCUUUGCUGGAUUUACAAAAUGAUAACGAAUUCAAACUCCUCGUUGGAGACUUCGGAAGAGGUGAAGAUGGGCCUAAAUUAAAGAUAUUUAAAGGAGCAAUGCAAAUAUUUGAUAUGUUACUCCCAGACUUGCCUCUAGGCGUAGUCGGUUUCUACAUAAGUGAGACAGUGCCGCGAUCCGUUCCCAUUGUUGCCGUGGCCUAUAGCUCCUGUAUAUUCAUGUAUAGAAACUUGAAACUCUUUUAUAAGUACUACCUGCCUUCGACCGAGCUCAGUAUGUGUGAGAUGGAAGUGUGGAAGCAGUUAAUAAACCCAGUGAACCAAAACGCAGAUGCAAUAAAACCACUCCUGGACAGUCUAAAAGCAAUACCUCACGACAUCUUAACAGCUCAAUCACAGAAUCUCCUAGCAUUUAAUACAGAACAGCAACUAGAAUACUUGGAGAACAACACAGAGUUACCAAGUAAGAAAAAUGCGGAGAUUGUCUGUGUCAGUACAUUAAAGAUGCACUCCAUAGAUAAAUGGUCGGUCAGUUGUCUUGUUGUGGCUACUGAAGAUGGAGAUGUGAUGUUUCUGGAUCCUCAAACCUUCAGCCAGUUAUCUCAGGCCAAAAUAUGUGGUGUAAAGAAAACGCCAUUCCAAAUGGUAACAUCAGGACUGUACACUGUCGACUACAGAGUAACAAUUGCGACGAGAGAGAAGACAGUGUGUGUACUGAAAAGAGACUGGGCAGAAGGUCGCAUACUCUUCAACACGGAUGACCAUAUCAUUGCCAUCGAGGUGGUGACGGCUGACAGCAGCGUGAUGGUCAUCUGUGCUGACCAUACUAUGGCCUGUUAUAAUAAGAAGGGCAAGAAACAAUGGUGUUUGACACUAGAACACCGUCCGGUCGCCAUGACACUCGUGCCAGUGUUGCAUCUCGGCGUCACCUUAACAGGAGUGGCGCUAGCGUCGGGGCAUGUACACUUGUAUGAUGGAAAAUCUAGAAGAGACACCGUGUUUGUUAGAGAUGUAGUAUCAGUGAUGAAGUUUGGACAAUUAGGUCAGGAAGAACAUGUACUCAUCAUUGUUACUGGAGGAGGUAAUCUAAUGCUGAAAAUUUUGAAGCGUACGGCAGAUUUCAGCGCGCACGCAGCCGGUGUAGAGAUAUCCCCGAGCGGUCCCACUGGACAGAAACCAUGGCUCAUACCUAAGAAGUCUAAACUGUUUCUAGAACAAUCUGCUAGGGAGAGAGAAAAUGCUGCUAUGAUGCACGACACGUUCCAACACGAGCUGAACAGACUGCGCCUGCUGGCCGCGCGGUCGUUGCUGGAGGCGCACGUGCGCUCCGACAACUCCGUCGGCACCGGGACCAUGGAGGCCAUGCGACUUACUGCUGAGGUGGAAGGUCUAGGUCCAGUGUUCCGGGUGACGUUGAUAAUAGAGAACAACUCCAAAGAAAAGGCAGUGAUCGGACUCGCCAUACUAUUCCACGUCCACACUAUCAACUAUAAGGUCUCCAAUCCUUAUAUCAAGGUGCCCCUCCUCUCACCCGGUGGAAAACUAAAAUUCCCAACGAAAAUCGAAGAAGUGUUUGACGACAAUAUAAGCCCGGACGUUUUAUUCCGCCCUGUGACUGGACAAGGAGGGGAACGAUCUUUGAUCAAAGUGCUCUUACUAAAGGAGGGCAGAAAAACUCCAGUACUUGCAGCUACAGUACAAAUGCCACCCACAGAUCCUAUGAUGUUACCUUUCGAUAAAAUGCAGACAAUCGCUGGAAUUGAUUCCAAUGAUGACCCGAAUUGGGCCCCAAAAACGUAAAUUGCCAUUUAACGCCAUCUAGUGUCUAGUUAUAAUACUUAUGAUGUGUGGUAAAGCUAAGAGAUGGCGUAGUAAAAGAGGUUAUAUUUGAAAAAUAUGUUUGUGAUAAAU